GCAAAUUUGUCAGCAUCGUUUCAAUAAAAGAGGAAACAAACUGUGUGGACUGGAUCCACGAUCAACUGGAUCGCGAUUUGACUGAGUGCGCGGCUGAGGUGGAGAUGCUGCAUGGUUGCCCGACGAACGACCCAGCAAGCAAUGGCGCCGCCAGUGACAGCUACUGGGCUCAUGAGGAGGUGGAAAAUGGACCCAAUGACUGGUUUUAUGACCCCUGCUGCAACCAACAAGCAAACCUACCCUCUAGCCCUAAUGGUGUUUGCAACGCCCGGAACUGCGAAUACAACCUGGGAGCUGAUUUCUGCAUUCGCUCGCCUUCCGUUCCGUGUUAUGACAAACACUUUGAUCAGACACUCUACGUUUCCAACCAGUGUUGCUACAACGAACAAGGGAAUCUCUUAGACAGCCAGGCAGUGAACGGUACCGGUCGAAUGAGUGUCAGCAAGGCUUCUUUCGGCAACUUGCACCGGUUUUUCAAAACUGAACUAGAGGCAUACGAAAAAUGCUGCGAAGAUGAUUUUCGCUGCGAGCUAUUUCAUCAGAACCGACCGGCGCUAGUUGGAUCUUACAAGGGCAGCUUGACAAUUCCUGUAACUUUUGGAGGACAAUUCGAAACAGGAGAUGGUGUUGGGUACACCUUUCUGGGCUUAGGAGUGUACACAUUUCUGCAGACGGAUCUGGACAUUCCGACUACAAUGCAAAUAACUACCCGAGCUGACGGCGCUCAGGCUGUGGUGGCUGGCUUUGCGAUUUCCUACGGGCACCACAAAAUUGAAGUCAUGAGGCCAUACACCGUACCAGCGAACAAGACGGAGCGACUGCGCAACUACUAUUUUGUCAAUGACUUCAUGGUUUUCACAGACUUGAUGAUCAUCGAUGCAGAGGAUCCUUUCGACCUCUACUUUGGAGGAAUCAAUAUCAAGAAGGAAACUGGCGGACGUUCAGUGCAAGUAACUGUUCCGAAUGUGAAUCUUUGUGUGAACAUCUUCAUGGCUCGCAACUACUUCAACCUCUAUGUCACUGUGCCCGAGAGCUUCAUAGGACAUACCCAGGGACUCGUGGGCUUGCUGGACGGUAACCCAGGAAACGAUUUCAAACCAAACUACCGAUGGAAAGACGCCCUUGUGCAACCGGUGGAGCCAACCACUCUGCACGAUGAGUUUGCUGAGUCUUGGAAAGUCGAGAACCCCAAGGAUUGGCUUUUCGGAGAGUUUCUUUCAGGAAUGAUUAGCGCUGAGAUCAAUUCGGGCCCGGUGAUGUACAACUACUCCAUCCCCUCUGAGCAAACAGACGCAUACGACCAAUUGUGUCAUGGGAAUUUGGCCUGUGAGUUGGGAGUUGUGAGGAGCGGGAAUCAGAACUUUGCAGCCGACUUCCAAGACCUCGCUCAAAACCACAUCCGAGGCCCCAACUCCUCUGAUAUCAGCAUGCGAUUUAGAGCCUCCAUCAAAUCAGGCGCCACAGUCCCCAAAAACACGUUCCACAGUGUGAUGGUGGUUGUGAUGAUGCUGAUCGGUCCAUUUUUUAUUACCAUCUAAGCAACCAUUGGUUCUGAAACGCGCCUGAAAUUUCAAAAACUCCAAAUUCCAUCAAAAUAAGGAAACAAUUACCUUUCUAUGGUUUAACAUGGACAAAGAAAAUGAACGAUUUAGGAUUGCGUUUCAGUAACUAUUUUCGAUCCAUGCACUUUUGAAUGUUCAUGUGUGGGCCUAACUUUUGGUUAUUAUUCAUACCAAUUUCAAAAAACGAAUUAGUCAACUCCAAUUUUUCAAAAACUAGAUUACCCUCCUAACUGUCUCUGACGGGCAACAAAGGAUGAAAUAAAAAAAGUAUCGGCGUUGACUGAUGAACAUGAUUUCGAUUGUAUAUCAAAUGGUGUAUCAACAAUAGGAAAACAAACGAUCACUAUAAAAUCAUCACAAGAUUCUCUUCGAAGAUAUUACUAAGAAUCCAUUGCUAUAUUGAUUUUGUGUUGAAUAAUCAUGCAUAAAAUAAUUUUUCAUUUAAUCAAAUAGCCAAACUUGAAUGUUGCCGUUUUCUAAAAUCGAGGGUCUAUUGAUUGUUUGAUUCCAUUUCUCACGUAGAAAUAGCUUCAGAUUAUUCAAAUUGUUCCUUAUAACUUUGAUCAAAGGUAUGAUCUUAUUAAAGCUUCGGAUAGCAAGAACAAUUCUUUUGAUGUCUUGACAAAUUAGUCCAUUUGAAAAAAUUAUUGAAAAAAACAUGAGUUCUACCAAGAAUUGUUCAUUGGUGUUAUAAAACUUUUUUAAAAAACAGAAAUAUGCUUCUUAGACGAAAUCAGAAAGAGCUUUGAAUUCAGUAUUAAAUUGAUAUAUUCAGUAUUCCAAUUGUAAUUGGUACUAACCGGGUUUAAUCAAAACAAAUUAAUGUUGGUAUUAUGCGGAUUUAAUCAUUACAAAUUAAAGUUGGUAUUAAUCGGAUUAAUUCAUUUCAGAUUGAAAUUAAAUAAUAAUCGGAUAUAUUCAUUUCAAAAUAAAAUUAGUAUUAGUCUUAUUGAUUCAUUACAAAUUGAAACUAGUGUAAAUCGGAUUUAUCAAAUACAAAAAUAAAAAUAGUAUUAAUCGGUUUGUUCAAUUCCAAUUGAUUUAGUUUUAACCGGAUGUCUAUUCAAUUCUUCAAUUCAAUCAUAUUAAUCUAA